AGCCCCAUCACCUCCAGCCCCUUUCCCCCGUCUCGCCUCCACCCCCCCCAGUUUCCUCCUCCUCGCCCCUCAUUUCCACCCUCCUCCCCCUCCCCCGGCCACUUCGCUAACUUGUGGCUGUUGUGAUGCGUAUUCCCGUAGAUCCGAGCACCAGCCGGCGCUUCAGCCCCCCCUCCAGCAGCCUGCAGCCCGGCAAGAUGAGCGACGUGAGCCCGGUGGUGGCUGCGCAACAGCAGCAGCAGCAGCAGCAGCAGCAACAGCAGCAGCAGCAGCAACAGCAGCAGCAGCAGCAGCAGGAGGCGGCGGCGGCGGCAGCGGCGGCGGCGGCGGCAGCGGCGGCCGCUGUGCCCCGGUUGCGGCCGCCGCACGACAACCGCACCAUGGUGGAGAUCAUCGCUGACCACCCGGCCGAGCUCGUCCGCACCGACAGCCCGAACUUCCUGUGCUCCGUGCUGCCCUCGCACUGGCGUUGCAACAAGACCCUGCCCGUGGCCUUCAAGGUGGUAGCCCUUGGAGAGGUACCAGAUGGGACUGUGGUUACUGUCAUGGCAGGCAACGAUGAAAAUUAUUCUGCGGAGCUCCGGAAUGCCUCUGCUGUUAUGAAAAACCAAGUAGCAAGGUUCAAUGAUCUGAGAUUUGUGGGCCGGAGUGGACGAGGCAAGAGUUUCACCUUGACCAUAACUGUCUUCACAAAUCCUCCCCAAGUAGCCACCUAUCACAGAGCUAUUAAAGUUACAGUGGAUGGACCCCGGGAACCGAGAAGGCACAGACAGAAGCUUGAUGACUCUAAACCUAGUUUGUUCUCUGACCGCCUCAGUGAUUUAGGGCGCAUUCCUCAUCCCAGUAUGAGAGUAGGUGUCCCGCCUCAGAACCCACGGCCCUCCCUGAACUCUGCACCAAGUCCUUUUAAUCCACAAGGACAGAGUCAGAUUACAGACCCCAGGCAGGCGCAGUCUUCCCCACCAUGGUCCUAUGACCAGUCCUACCCCUCGUACCUGAGCCAGAUGACGCCCCCGUCCAUCCACUCCACCACCCCGCUGUCCUCCACACGGGGCACCGGGCUGCCCGCCAUCACCGAUGUGCCCAGGCGCAUUUCAGAUGAUGACACUGCCACCUCUGACUUCUGCCUCUGGCCUUCCACUCUCAGUAAGAAGAGCCAGGCAGGUGCUUCAGAACUGGGCCCUUUUUCAGACCCCAGGCAGUUCUCAAGCAUUUCAUCCCUCACUGAGAGCCGCUUCUCCAACCCACGAAUGCACUAUCCAGCCACCUUUACUUACACCCCGCCAGUCACCUCAGGCAUGUCCCUCGGUAUGUCCGCCACCACCCACUACCACACCUACCUGCCACCACCCUACCCCGGCUCCUCCCAAAGCCAGAGCGGACCCUUCCAGACCAGCAGCACUCCAUAUCUCUACUAUGGCACCUCGUCAGGAUCCUAUCAGUUCCCCAUGGUGCCCGGGGGAGACCGGUCUCCUUCCAGGAUGCUACCGCCGUGCACCACCACCUCCAACGGCAGCACGCUCUUAAACCCAAAUCUGCCUAACCAGAACGAUGGCGUUGACGCCGAUGGAAGCCACAGCAGUUCCCCCACCGUUUUGAAUUCUAGUGGCAGAAUGGAUGAAUCUGUUUGGCGACCCUAUUGAAACUUCCUCAGCAGUGGCCCAGCGGUCUCUGGGAGCCACGUCCCAAAUGUAUCGACAUAUACAUAUAUAGAGAGUGCGUAUAUAUGUAUAUCAACUAGCUUAUCUACAAAGUGCCUGAUUUUUAGAAGGUUUUUUUUUUUUUUUUUUUCCCCUGGCAUUCACUCACUCCAUCAUGAUCUUGCAACCCUAAGAGGGUAGAUCUUGAGAAGCAAAAGGCCCAAGAGGGACAAUCCUAAUCAGAUUUCAGAUGGUUCUCUAUUUAAACGUGUACCUUUGCGAACAAA